AUGUCAAGUGAAGUAGACUUGGUUAUUGUUGGAUUAGGCAACGUGGGGAAAGAGUAUGCUCUGACACGGCAUAAUGGUCUAUUUCCCGGGUUCAUUUUUAUCGAUUACCUCGCAAAUCGAAUGGCAGAGAAGGAGGAGGGAGAUCCAGUGUUUUACAGACGACUCGGUUUGCAAGCUGAUGUGAGGGAAACUGUGCUUAGGACGAAUUACACAACUAGUUCGUCUUCAGUCACUAAUUCUUUUAGAGUUCUUCUAGUAAAGCCAUUAACAGGCAUGAACGAUUCCGGAAUUGCCGUGAAGAAAGUAUUGAAAAGUUAUAAAUUCACUGAUAUGAAAAAGCUGAUUGUAGUUGCGGACGAUUUCAACACUCCGCCCGCAACACUUGCGAUUCAGGUUGGAGAUGCAGGUUCUCUGGGCGUAUUGAGAGGCCAUCAAGGAAUAUCAAGUGUAGCAAGCGCAUUGGGUAGCGUAGAAUUUGUAAGAAUCAGAUUGGGUAUUGGGAGACCGUACGGUACGUCAGCAGCUAAAUAUGUGUUGGAACCGUUCUCAAAGGAGGAAGGAGAAAUGGAACAAUUUGGUCAGAUACUUUAUCAAGCGGUUGGUGCUCUCUCUGACUAUGUCACUGAUUAUAAUAUUAAACGCGUGAAAAAGAGGCAUUCAGGUCCAUUCAUAGCGACAUGGGUAAAGAAAAAACUCACAUUAACGUCGUCGUCAUUGGACACGUCGACUCUGGCAAGUCAACAACAACAGGACAUCUUAUUUACAAAUGCGGGAAAAGAAGCCGCUGAACUAGGAAAAGGUUCAUUCAAAUAUGCCUGGGUCUUGGACAAACUCAAAGCCGAGCGUGAACGUGGUAUCACAAUCGAUAUUGCUCUAUGGAAAUUCGAAACCCCCAAAUAUUAUGUCACAGUCAUUGACGCUCCAGGGCAUCGUGAUUUUAUCAAGAACAUGAUUACAGGAACAUCUCAGGCUGACUGCGCCAUCUUGAUUAUCGCUGCCGGUACUGGUGAAUUCGAAGCCGGUAUCUCCAAAGACGGUCAAACCCGUGAACACGCUCUUUUAGCCUACACACUUGGUGUCAAACAACUCAUCGUUGCGGUCAAUAAGAUGGACACUGCCAAGUGGUCCGAGGAGCGAUUCAACGAAAUCUGCAAAGAAGUUACCAACUUUAUCAAACGUGUCGGAUAUAACCCCAAGACCGUGGCUUUCGUCCCCAUCUCAGGAUGGCAUGGUGACAAUAUGUUGGAAGAGUCAUCUAAUAUGCCUUGGUUCAAGGGAUGGACAAAAGAAACCAAGGCCGGUGCUUCCAAGGGUAAGACAUUGUUGGAGGCCAUCGACUCUAUCGAACCUCCGACAAGACCUACGGACAAGCCUCUUCGUCUUCCACUCCAGGACGUGUACAAGAUUGGUGGUAUCGGAACUGUACCUGUGGGUCGUGUCGAAACUGGUAUCAUCAAAGCUGGUAUGGUAGUUACUUUCGCGCCCGUUGGUCUCACAACUGAAGUCAAGUCCGUCGAAAUGCAUCACGAACAAUUGGCCGAAGGUGUACCCGGAGACAACGUCGGUUUCAACGUCAAGAACGUCUCUGUUAAAGAAAUCCGUAGAGGAUAUGUCUGCUCCGACUCUAAAAACGACCCCGCCAAAGAAGCCGGUUCGUUCUUGGCUCAGGUUAUUGUACUCAACCAUCCUGGUCAGAUCGGUGCUGGUUAUGCCCCUGUAUUAGACUGUCACACUGCACACAUUGCUUGCAAAUUCGCCGAGCUCCAAGAGAAGAUCGAUCGUCGUACCGGCAAGAAAUUGGAAGAUAAUCCGAAAUUCGUCAAAUCUGGUGAUGCCGCCAUUGUAAAAAUGAUUCCGUCCAAACCCAUGUGUGUUGAAGCCUUUUCUGAUUAUCCACCACUUGGUCGUUUCGCCGUGAGAGAUAUGAGACAGACGGUCGCUGUCGGUGUCAUUAAGGGAGUUGAGAAAGUCGAAAAAUCUGGCAAGACCACCAAAGCUGCUGCCAAAGCGUCCAAGAAAUGA